GGGAAGGUUACUGUAGGUAUAAUCACUCCAUACAAACUGCAACUUAAAUGCCUCCAAAGGGAGUUCGGGGAUGUUUUAAAUUCUGAAGAAGGAAAGGACAUUUACAUAAAUACUGUGGAUGCUUUCCAAGGUCAAGAGCGUGAUGUUAUUAUAAUGUCAUGUGUGUAUGCCUCAGGUCAUGGGAUUGGGUUUGUUGCAGAUAUUCGGCGAAUGAACGUUGCUCUUAUUCGUGCAAGACGAGCUCUCUGGGUAAUGGGUAAUGCCAAUGCUCUGGUGCAAUCAGAAGAUUGGGCUGCAUUGAUUGCUAAUGCCAAAACCAUAAAAUGUUACAUGGACAUGGAUACUUUGCCUAAUGACUUCUUGCUACCCAAUGUAGCUUCUCAUGUUCCUCCUCCGACCAAUAUGUCUAAUAAUCGAGGUUUAAGAUCUGGGUUACGACAUAGAAUAUAUGAUCCACAUAUGGAGUCCAGGUCAGGAACACCUUCAGAAGAUGAUGAAAAGCCAAAUGCAUUACAUAGGAGGCAAAAUACAACUGGAAUUGGGAGAAGAGACCUGAGAUUGGUUGAUGGCACAGCUACGCAGGUUGAUCUUAUGUGCAACAUGGUUUGGUAUAAAGUAGUCCUUGGUGAUGCAAGAAUGGAAGGCUAUAUGGAAGUUGAUAACACAGCUGGUCAAGCAGAUGAUUUCGUGUUCAGAAUAUUGUUUGACAAAAGAAUUCUUGUCAAUGAAGAGAACGGGUGGGUAUGUCAGAAAGGAAGAGAUCCUGGUUGA